AUGGACCAACCGCGAGACGUCCUCCUUCGGGCGGCCGUCAUCGACCCCGUGAGCGGCAGACAGCCUGCCUACAAAUCGACGCCCAGCCUGAUCAACGCAAACAACAUUGGCCGUUGCGACGGCGAAAGCUUGUCUUUCGUCGUCCGCUCUCAUUUCCUCCAUCACAUGUACAGCUACAUCGAGAUCGAAGUUCACCAGCACGGCGUCGGCCUGAACGAUUCCCGCGUGGGAACGAUGACCGUUCAUCUGAACUACGCCACCACCUUCCGUGCCGAGUUUCUGGGCGUCAAUCAGACCGCGACGGAGGUGCGGGACUACUUCCACAGUCAGGCAAGCCCCUUCAUCCCGUCGAUCAAGAUCACGCUCGGCGCCGAGGACCUGUUCCUCGACGUCAACGACCACACGCUCGCCACCCUCGGCAAUGCGAGCGCCGCCGCCCUCGCCGACCUCUUGCAGCUUCAAAGGGUCAUUCGCGGCGCAGACGAAGGCCGCCCGGCCCUUCUCGAGUGGUACGCCGCCAAGCAGAGCAACGACAACGUGGACGCCCUUCGAACCCGUUUCGUCCGACACCAGAACUUGGACCAGGCCCUUGUCGGCCCUCAGUGGUCUCUCGAUCUUUGGUACGAGGAUACGGAUGAACCCCAAGUCAUCCAGUUCGUCGACUUCUGCCGUCUUCAUCGAGACGUCGACCUGCGCGCCCUCAUCUGGCCCCCUCAGCAUGAGGUUAUCACCCGAUUCGUCGAUGUCAGCCACUACCAGGUCGUCCACGGCGUGGGAGCCGUCUACGAGCACCAGGACCUGGCCAACGCCUUCACAGUCUUGUCCAGAGUCGCUCACGCCGCCGUCGUCUUCAACAACGGCCGGACCAGCGAGACCUUCCUUCUUCGUCUCACACCUGCCGCUGACCAAGUCGAGUAUCUCCCGGCCAUCAACGAGGAAUGCAACGUCCUGUUGCGUGGCACCCCUCUCGAGAUAUCUCUGCCCGUCAUCCGAACGUCCGAUGACCCCCUCUGGUGGCCCGCCAAGCGAUGCGACGCCCCUCACGACCACCUUCCCCAGCCCGCCGACGCCAUUUACUUUGUCGUCACCGUCCCGUCCGCCUUCCGCGACAAGCCGAACCUCCUCGGCGCACCUCGCAGCGCCAACUUGCGCGCCUGCGUCCGCAAGAACUUCGACAAGAAGUUGCUCAAGGCAGAGAUCGCGGCCCUCGCCACGCUCGUCGACCAGAAGGAGAACCCCACCUCGCCGUCCGGUGAGGAUCAAGACAACUUCCUCUACCUUUUGGACUUCGUCCCGCUGGAGGAGGAGCGGGAGGUCAACCUCCUCAAGGAGCUCCCAGGCCUCGGCAAGGCUGCAGGCGAGCCUCGCCACAGAAACCACUGGCCCAUAUCGCUGGCUGCGUCGGUUGACCAGCUCGAUGAGCGUCAGCAGCACUUCAUCCAAGCUCUCGGCCACAUCAGUCCGAACAUCGCCUUCCUCCCUGGCCCUGCCAGAUCCGGAAAGACAACCCUCAUCUUGGUCAUCCUGGCGGCUUCGAUCCUGGGCGUCCCUGGAGGCCACUGCCCUGCCCUGUGCAUCGCCCAUAAUGAGACUGAGGCCCUCAGUCUGGCCAACAAGAUUAAUUCCUUUUUCAGCUCGCUCAGAGUGAACAACGCGCCCAAGGUUCUCUAUGUCUCUGCCAAGGAUUGCAACAUCCUGUUGCCAUCUGAAGUCUCAUGCCCUUUUAGUCCAGCUCAGACUUGUUCCCAAGUUCAGAUCGACUCAGUCACCUUCUGGCUGGAGCCCCUUGACAAGAUCGCCGGAUUCAUUACUGAGUUCCAGAAUCAAGCCUUCUAUGCUCCGCGCGCCCAGGGCAGCAGCGCCAACAACAGCAACACCGACAAUGGCCGGCCUGACCCCGUCUUUGUUGCCACCAUCAAGCAGCUUGCUGUUGCUCAUGUCCUUGCCCACCAACAGGAAUACAGCAUCAUCAUCAUUCCAGUCACCAGGCUCCUGCAGGGCGACACAAUGAGCAGAAAUGCUGCUCUCCAGCUUACCAACAGAGUGUGCAUGCUCUACCAGAAGAUCCUCAAGAACUUCAAGGGCAUCAUCUGCUCCACCCCUGCCACCGCUGGACAGGCCCCGACCACCUCCUUCAAGCCUUCCCUUGUCUUGUUCGACAAUGCAGAGCACAUCAGAGAGCUGAGCACCACCGCCCUGCUCGUUCACUACAACCCGCUUGCCUGGCUCUUCUUUGGCGGAACGGACGAGAGCCAGAUUAACGUCCCGCCCCGUGCUGACCUUGGUCAGAACCCCUUCACCGCUCAGCUGCGCCUCUCCCUCUUCGAGCGCGCCAUCAGAGCCGGCGUGAACAUCGGUCGCCUUGAUGCCCCCCCUGACACGGCUGAUGACUCUGACGACCUGGGCUUCAACUGGUGGAACUUGCCCCCUGCCCACUGA